AUGCUAACGAAGAAGGAAAAGUUGCUUAUCCGUCCGUGGCAAAUGCAGCGGUACAUCAACCACCGUAUUAAGGUGGUAACGGCCAUGCCAGCGAUCGAUUUUCAUCCACCACCGGAACGGAUUCAUAUCGCACAGAAGCUGAAAAAGCAACAGAAAGAGCUCGAGCGAAAGGAGAAGAUUGAGCAGGAGAACAUCCGGCUACUGCAGCGUCUCGGUGCCAUCAUGAGCAAGAAACGGUUGGACAACAUUUGGACCUACACACGACCGAAUUUCCUUCGUCGUGAAAACAUUUAUCCCGUCCGUCCGAAGACUACUCCGGAUCCAUCCGGCCAUCGUCGAUCAUCCGCGAAGCAAGCGAGUGCGAACCUUUCCAACUCCACCGUAUCACCGCUAACCAACUGGACCAAAUCCAUUCGCUGCAGUGCUUGCAGUGCACCGGCCCGUGUUGCCAUCCAGCUGAAUCAAAUCGCACCGGAAGGACGCAUCCCUUGGGCUCCCCAGCGGAAAACCACCAACCGGAAGCUGCUACAGGAAGCGGAAACGGAACAGCACGAAUGUUGUCGAUUCUGCUGCUGCUAGUAA